AGUCGCCCUUUGUCGUUGCUGUGUUUGUGACAUACAACAUGCGUGAAAUCGUUCAUCUUCAAGCAGGUCAGUGUGGAAAUCAAAUCGGCGCCAAGUUUUGGGAGGUAAUCUCGGACGAACACGGCAUCGACCCGACAGGCACAUAUCACGGCGACUCCGAUUUGCAACUAGAACGCAUCAACGUGUACUACAAUGAGGCUACAGGUGGAAAAUACGUACCGCGAGCUGUUUUGGUAGAUCUGGAACCAGGAACGAUGGAUUCGGUUCGAUCUGGCCCAUUCGGUCAAAUUUUUAGACCAGACAACUUCGUUUUUGGUCAAAGCGGUGCUGGUAACAACUGGGCGAAGGGGCAUUAUACAGAAGGAGCAGAACUCGUGGAUUCCGUUCUUGACGUUGUCCGGAAAGAAGCGGAGAGCUGUGACUGCCUUCAGGGAUUUCAACUGACUCACUCGUUGGGAGGCGGAACCGGAUCCGGAAUGGGUACCCUUCUCAUCUCCAAAAUUCGAGAAGAAUAUCCGGACAGAAUUAUGAAUACGUUCAGUGUGGUGCCGUCACCAAAAGUCAGUGACACUGUUGUUGAGCCAUACAAUGCCACGCUCUCGGUUCACCAACUUGUUGAAAACACCGACGAGACUUAUUGUAUUGACAACGAGGCUUUGUAUGACAUCUGUUUUCGUACUCUAAAGCUGACGACGCCAACGUACGGUGACUUGAACCAUCUUGUUUCAGCUACGAUGAGUGGAGUCACCACUUGCCUUCGGUUUCCUGGUCAACUGAAUGCCGAUCUUCGAAAACUAGCCGUCAACAUGGUACCGUUUCCUCGUCUCCACUUCUUCAUGCCAGGAUUUGCUCCUCUCACCAGCCGUGGCUCACAACAGUAUCGUGCCCUGACGGUUCCCGAGCUCACGCAGCAGAUGUUUGAUGCUAAGAACAUGAUGGCUGCAUGUGAUCCUCGUCAUGGCCGAUACCUAACAGUCGCGGCAAUGUUCCGUGGGCGCAUGUCUAUGAAAGAGGUCGACGAGCAAAUGCUAAAUGUCCAGAACAAAAACAGCAGCUACUUUGUUGAGUGGAUCCCUAACAACGUCAAGACAGCCGUCUGUGAUAUUCCACCACGGGGUCUCAAGAUGUCGGCUACUUUCAUUGGAAACAGUACAGCUAUUCAAGAACUAUUCAAGCGUGUCUCCGAGCAAUUCACUGCCAUGUUUCGUCGAAAGGCCUUCCUUCACUGGUACACCGGUGAGGGAAUGGAUGAAAUGGAGUUUACUGAGGCUGAGUCAAACAUGAACGAUCUCGUGUCUGAGUAUCAACAAUACCAGGAUGCUACUGCUGAAGAGGAAGGUGAGUUCGAUGAAGAGGAAGGUGAAGGUGACGGCGAAGAUGCUGCCUGAAGUGAUGCACUCAUAUCAGUACACAAACUAUAUGCAUGCAAGACCUAUUUAUCUAUAUCGAGAGUUGCUAUUUACAAUCAGAGUUGAGAAGAGAGUUUUAUGUCUAUUAGACGUAAUACAAAUUACAGAGAUACUGCUGACUAUAUGACAAUAAUCAUGUGACU